AUGCUGGCCCAUACCCAUGCUCAGGACCCUGCUGGCUUCAGCACGAGCGCUGACUUCAUCCAACGCGCUGCUGGAUCCUCCCUGGCAGUCGCAAGCCCGCCACUUCUCUGGCUGUCGAAAGCGGCAAAGCUUCGGCCUUUCGACCAGGCUGUUCCUGCGGAGCCACUUUGGUGGGCUGGCGGUGCCUGGCACAAGUUCAACACGCACCGCAACAAAGCUCCGGCAUAUGUGCCUCGGAGAUUCGAGCCGAUUUGGCGUUGCGGGUCCGUCCUUUCCUGCCCGUCGCCGUCGCCGAUCGAGGCCGGCCCGGGGGAGGUCUGUGCACCCCCGGGAGGGUCGGAGGUUUCCCAACUGCUGAAGGUCCUGCUCUGCGGCAGGGAUGGUCAACUGUGGAGCAAGCCGGUAGUCGGUGGGCAGUGGUGCCCUUGUCCAUACGGAGUCCAUGUCAACAUGAGCCGCAUCAAGGCUUUCGAGCUGCUCGGCGGGGACCGGUACAUCUUUUUCUUCCAAGACGGCCAUGGAGGUAUCUGUGCCGGGCCAGACACGGUUCUGAUGUAUGACCUUCAGAGGAACAAGUGGAGCCCACCAACGUCUGCUAGAGCUACCAGGGGUGGACACCAGGAGGAGGUUCACUGGCAACCGCUCUGUGCGGCACAGUCCGGGGAGCCCCUCAAGGCGUGGAUUCUUGAAGCAAGUAUGGACUAUGUCCUUCCUGGUGACAUCCGCGUUGAAAUCCGUCUCUUGCGACCUCAGGAACCACAUCCAGGAGACACCUGA